GGAGGGUAGAAAUGAAGGGGUGGGGGUUAGAGAGGUGAGUAUAAAAGCCUUGCUGUGAGGAAUUAGGAAAUAUUUCUCAGGAGAAAAUACACACAGAGAGAUAUUUUACAGACUUUUAACUCCAUAAUCAUCUUUCACGAGAGGCAGAUAUAUCAGCCCCAAGAUGAGGAGCCUUCUUCAGUUUCUGGCACUCUGUGCUGCCGUCUCUUUCUGUGUCUGCUAUGAAUCUCAUGAAAGCACAGAAUCCAUUGAAGAUUUGUUUGUGCCCCCAAACCAAGCCAACUCAUUCAUAACAACGCAGAGGAGACACGUACACAACCCACCCAGAGGGAACAGAUUCGACAAUUACAACUUCAUGAGGAAGAUGAAGUCUCCAGUGGAGAGGAGUGCAGAGACCUGUGAGGACUACUCUCCCUGCCGCUUCUACGCCUACCACCACGGCUAUCAGAAGGCCUACCAGAGAUACUUUGGCUCCAGACCUCAACCCCAGAGAGCAGCUGUGUCUCGUCGAUACUGAACUCAAAGUAUUUGUCAGUCAAAUGCAGAAUUAUCAUUAUCGCCUAGAAAUGAAUGCGCUUUCCUUCAUUCCACAUAUCACGAUUUUUAUAUAAUUUAUGUGGUUGCUUUUGUGGCCUCUUCUGGAUGUGAGAGGAAUCCUAGAAGAAAACACAUUUUAUAGACACAGAGGCAUUCAGCACGGCUCAGACGUUACAGCAAGCUGUCAUUAUACACAUGUAGAAAUUCCUGGCGCAUCUCUUGUGUAAUCUCAGGAUAAGUGUUCUCCACUAUUAUCACACCUUCCCCACAUUUAUGAGCUUCAUGUGAUGUGCUUGACUGAAGUGUUUCACUUACUGUGUACUAACCAUUUCUGGCAUUAUUAACCAUUUCUUACAUCCAAGCCAAGCACUGCUGUCAGUGAUUAUUUCCAUUGCUUUGAAAAUAAAAUGUCCUUUAUUGUGUUUUGUCUUAAUCCUGUUUAUACCAUUUGUUUGCCACAUGGGUGUUUUUUAGAACAUUGCAUCAUGUGUUUUAAAGGCUACAAUAAUGCUGAAUGGCUGUACAAUUAAAGCAAAUGAUUUUUAAUUUUCAAUGCCUGUGAUAAAUUGAAGAAACUAAAAGUGUUUUUUUUAUGUGUUAAGAAAAAUUCUUCUACUCUUUAAGCUAAAUAAACUCUUCAAAAUCCC